AUGAGCUUUCUCAAUAACUUUGAGGUGGGGGAGUAUGUUGGCUACUAUUCUAAUGGAAAAUACAUCUAUGCAGUUAUUGUUGAAGAACUAGGUGGGGACGCUGUGCACCUCAGACAGAGAUACAAAAUAGAUAUUGGUGAGGAAGAACCAACUGAGGUUAGUUUUCUCGACUUGUAUCAGUUCAAAUGUGAGAGUCCACCAACACAAUUGUCCAGUCAGGAACUCCAGGUUGUGGAAGGUGCAGUCCCCCAUUCUUCCCAACAAAACACACGAUCCUCACCAGCAUCUGUCAAAGAAGCCAAAAAAGAAAUCGACAAGAGUUUGGAUGAAAUUUGGACCCUUCUUCCUGAGGAACGACAGAAAGCAAUCAAGCGGCUAUAUCUAAGGUGGCAUCCAGACAAAAACCCUGACUGUCCAACGCUCGCAACAGAGGCCUUCAAGUAUCUACAGCAAAGAAUUGAAGAACUAAGCCGCAAACGCACAUCUACAGGCCAAAGGAGCUCCUCAUCUUCCUCUGCAUAUUCAGGGGCAUAUACAAACUUCCGAAAUUUUUUCCACGAAUGGGAUGAAGAGGCAAGAUACCACAGAACCAGUCGAGAGCGUUUUCACACCGGCCGGCGAUCGUACAAUUUCUGGGCUUACAACGAGGACAUUCCACAGCCGAACAAGGAGGAGGCCAAGCGCUGGCUCAGACAAGCGCAGUGCGACCUCCACGCUGCUAAAAAUGACAUUGGAAAUGAGGCAACUGAGUGGUGUCUGUUCAAGGUUCAUCAGGCCGUGGAAAAGGCCCUCACUGCUGCUUCAUAUCGAAACAAUGGGAAGAGGCCCAAGUGUUGCUCAAUUUUGGCCACAGCAUCUAAAGUCUCCUGCUACAGUCCCUGUCUCAGAAAUCUGCCGCAACUCGUGAGGGAGCUGGUCGAUUUGGGUGUGGACCCCAAAAAAACUCAAUAUCCAGACUGCCACCCAUUUCCACAGAUCCCCAAUGGACAGUUCAGGUCAGAAUACGAAAUUCGCGCACAGGACCAAGCAACUCAAAUACUGGCUCAAGUGGAUGCAUAUGUGAAUUAUUGA